UUCAGCGUCGCUUAGGUUACUGCUGUGGUAGCUGCGAGUUGCGGCCGGUGGCCAUGGAGUCCUUGACGCAGCGGGCGCUGAUCAGCUACUACUGCCAGGAAGGGUACUUCCGGCACGUCCAGGUGGCUGCUAAUGAGGCGCUCAAGAAGUUUGGCAACGACCCCGUGUUCCUGUUCUACCGCGCCUAUGGCAUGAUGAUGGAAGGUCAUGUUCAGGAGGCUAUCCGGGAAUUUGAGUCUAUUAAAAACAAACAGGAGGUGUCCCUUUGUACAAUGAUGGCACUGAUCUGCGCCCAUAAAAAGAGCUCUAAUCCAGAUCGAGACGCUAUUUUGGAACUGGAUGCUAAAAUGAAGGAACAACGUAAGACUGCAGGACAGCAGGCCUUGUACUUUGCAGGGUUGUUUUUGUGGCAUCUUGGUCGUCAGGACAAAGCCCGUGAAUAUGUUGAUAGAAUGAUCAAAGUUUCUAAUGGUAAUAAAGAGGGAUUGAUUUUGAAAGCUUGGCUUGAUCUCACCUGUGGAAAAGAAGCUUAUAUUAAAAAAGCUGUGAAAUACUUUGAUGAAGGAAUGCAGGAUGGGAAUGACCCUUUUGCCCUGCUGGGUAAGGCACAAUAUUUUGAGGUGCGCCAGAAUUUUUCAGGAGCUUUAGAAACUGUGAACCAGAUAAUAGCAAACUUCCCAGACUUCCUUCCUGCUUUCAUAAAGAAAAUGAAACUACAACUAGCCUUGCAGGACUGGGAGCAAGCAGUUGAAACAGCACAAAGGCUAUUGCAGAAAGAUGCUCUUAACUUGGAAGCCAUAAGGAUGGAGGCCCUACAUUUUUUGUGUAGGGAGGGUAAUAUACCUGAGGCUACUGCCAAGCUGAGAGACCUAAUUAAUGCAUUGGACAAGUUGGAACCACAUAAUCCUCAACUAUUUUGUAAAAUGGCAUUAGCUUUCAGCAGAACAUGUGGCCGGAACCAACUCAUCCUUCAGCAGACACAGAUCUUAGUUGAAAGAGCAUUUGACAUGGCAUCCCAUGAUUCUGAAAUUGCUACAGAACUUGGCUACCAGAUGAUUUUACAAGGGAAGGUGAAGGAGGCUUUAAAAUGGUACAAGACCGCUAUGGUGCUUGAUGAGACAAGUGUUUCUGCACUAACUGGAAUUAUCCGAUGUCAGAUAAUUGAAGGGCAAUUAGAAGAUGCAGAUCAGCAGUUGGAAUUCCUUAAUGAAAUUCAGCAAUCAAUUGGGAAAUCUGGGGAACUGUCUUUCUUGCGUGCAGUUUUAGCUAUGAAAAAACAUCAAAGACAAGAAGAAGUUAUUCAUUUGUUGAAUGAUGUUCUGGAUACUCACUUUUCAUCAUUGCAUGGCUUACCUCUUGGCAUACAGUACUUUGAAAAACUGAACCCUGAUUUCUUGCUGGAAAUUGUUAGAGAAUAUCUUAAUUUUUGCCCAACACAGCCUGCAAAUCCAGGACAACCCCCGUCACCACUGCUCAAACACUGUGCCUCAGUUCUUGAAACUGUGGUAAAAACUGUACCAAGUCUUCUACAUGCUGUCUUUUUAAUUGCAAAGGUGAAAUACUUAUCAGGUGAUAUUGAGGCAUCCCACAGUGUCCUACAGCAUUGUCUGGAACAGAAUCCUUCUUAUCCAGAUGCUCAUUUACUUAUGGCUCAGGUUCAUUUGUCCCAAAACAAUUUUAAACUCUGUUCUCAGUCCCUGGAACUUUGUCUGAGCUACAAUUUUGAGGUGAGAGAACAUCCUUUGUAUCACUUAAUUAAAGCCCAGACCCAAAAGAAGAUGGGAGAAAUAUCAGAAGCUAUUAAGACCUUGCAGAUGGCAAUGAAUUUACCUGGAAUGAGAGGAGCUGUGUCUUUCUCAAAAUCAAAAGCAAAAAGAAAUGAAAUUGAUGCAAGUAAUCGUGUGUCUAUCUUUCUGGAAUUGGUAGAAGCUCAUUGUCUGAAUGGAGAACAGCAUGAAGCUGCUAAAGUACUGCAAGAUGCCAUCAAUGAAUUUACUGGCACCCCUGAAGAACUACGAGUUGUGAUUGCUAAUGCAGACCUGGCUCUUGCACAAGGAGAUAUUGAACAAGCCUUAACUAUGCUCAGAAAUAUUACAUCUGAACAGCCUUACUUUGUACAAGCCAAAGAAAAAAUGGCAGACAUUUAUCUUCAAUACAGAAAAGAGAAAAAAUUAUAUGCAAGCUGCUAUAGAGAUCUGGUGGACAAACUGCCAAGCUCACGUACUUUUCUUCUUCUUGGUGAUGCAUACAUGAAUAUUCAAGAGCCUGAAGAAGCUAUAGAAGUCUACGAGCAGGCUUUAAAGAAAAAUCCAAGAGAUGGAGCUUUAGCAAGUAAAAUUGGAAAAGCCCUAAUCAAAACUCAUAACUAUUCAAAGGCAAUAAGUUAUUAUGAAGCUGCACUGAAAAAUGGUCAACAGAAUAUCCUUUGCUAUGAUCUGGCUGAACUCCUGCUGAAACUGAGGCAGUAUGAAAAGGCGGAAAAAGUUCUUCAGCAAGCUUUAGACCAUGAGCCUGUGAAUGAAUUAUCCUCUCUAAUGGAAGAUGGACGUUACCAAGUUCUUCUAGCAAAAAUUUAUAGCAAAAUGGAGAAGACAGAUGAAGCUAUUGUGUCUUUACAGCAGGCUCGGGAAUUGCAAGCCAGAGUACUCAAACGGGUUCAAAUAGAGCAGCUGGAUGCAGUUCCUGCACAGAAACAGUUAGUAGCUGAGAUUUGUGCGGAGAUUGCAAAACAUUGUACAGCCCAGCGAAACUAUGAGAAAGCAAUUAAAUUUUACAAAGAAGCUCUAGUUCAUUGUGAAACAGAUAACAAGGUAAUGUUGGAACUUGCACGUUUGUACCUUGCACAAGAUGAUACUGAUGCUUGCCAACAUCAGUGUACACUGUUACUGAAGAACGACCAAGAUAAUGAAGCAGCUACAAUGAUGAUGGCUGACCUGAUGUUCAGGAAGCAGGACUAUGAACAAGCUGUUUUUCAUUUCCAACAGCUCUUAGAACGCAAACCAGAUAAUUAUGCAACUCUAUCACGUUUAAUUGAUCUGUUAAGAAGAGCUGGGAAGCUAGAAGAAGUUCCAAGAUUUCUUGUAAUGGCUGAGAAACAUUCCUCCAGAGCAAAACUCGAGCCGGGUUUUCAUUAUUGCAAAGGACUGUAUCUUUGGUAUACUGGUGAACCAAAUGAUGCACUUCGACAUUUUAAUAGAGCCCGGAAGGACAGUGACUGGGGACAGAAUGCAGUUUAUAACAUGAUUGAAAUAUGUUUGAACCCAGAUAAUGAAACUGUAGGUGGUGAAGUGUUUGAAAAUCUGGAUGGUGACAUAGGUAAUUCCACUGAGAAGCAGGAGUCUGUGCAGCUGGCUGUGAGAACAGCAGAAAAACUUUUGAAGGAACUCAAGCCCCAGACCAUUCAGGGUCACAUUCAGCUUCGUAUCAUGGAAAACUAUUGCCUAAUGGCAACCAAACAGAAAUCAAAUGUUGAACAAGCACUAAAUACUUUCACUGAAGUAGUAGUUGCUGAGAAGGAUCAUAUCCCAGCACUUUUGGGAAUGGCCACAGCCUACAUGAUUUUAAAACAAACUCCACGAGCCAGGAAUCAAUUGAAACGCAUUUCAAAAAUGAACUGGAAUCCCAUAGAUGCAGAGGAGUUUGAAAAAAGUUGGCUCCUUCUUGCUGAUAUUUAUAUUCAAUCUGCAAAAUAUGAUAUGGCAGGUGAACUAUUAAAACGGUGUCUUCGUCAUAACAGGUCCUGUUGCAAAGCCUAUGAAUAUAUGGGAUACAUAAUGGAAAAGGAGCAAGCGUAUAAGGAUGCAGCAGUAAAUUAUGAGAUGGCCUGGAAGUAUGGAAACCAAACAAAUCCAACAAUAGGAUACAAGCUGGCAUUUAAUUACUUGAAAGGAAAGCGAUACGUAGAAGCAAUUGAUAUUUGCCAUAAGGUCUUAAAAGCACACCCAAACUACCCAAAGAUCAGAAAGGAAAUACUUGACAAGGCCCGUGCAUCUUUAAGGACUUAAACCUUAUUUGUAUGGAUCACUGAAUUUUUAUCCAAUUUUGGAAAUUAUGUAUUGGAUAUUACAAUGAAGAAAUGGCCAUUCAGUAUGUAAAUAUUAUAAAUACUGUACACAUCAUCUAGAUCUCAUAUAUAGUUACCCUUCAAAGAGAGGAGAGAUUCUUUCUUCAGAGCUGUGGAUUUACCUUUUCUCCAGUAGAGGAGGCUUUUGUACAUCAGGAUUUAAUAAACUAAAAAAGAAAUAGUGUGUACAGGGCCAUCCCUAGCUAUUCUGGGGUCCUACGUAGCCCUCCCGUGGGGGUGGGGAACCCAGGCCUUCGCGGGAGGGGGAGGCUGGCUUGGGGGACAGAGGGGAACAACCCCACAGCACUCACCUGCGGCGUGGCUGGGGCCGGGUCGCUGCACUUCCCGCUGCCGGUGAGUGCAGG